GUCGAGCAGCGACUGAGGUGCCGCGGGCUCGCGAGCAGUGCCAACUGGCUGCCCGCAACGCGCCCGUGGGAUCCUGACGGUAACUUUCACCGCGAAGAUCUAGCCCAGCUGCCGCAGGUUGUUGGCAGCAGGAGGCAUCAUGGCUUCGGCGGUUAUAAGCUCCUGGGCCCUUUUCUUUCCUCCUCUCACUCCAGUCCCACUCUAGGUUGCCCGCCUCGUCUUGGAUAAUUCUCAAUGGCGGCGCCGUCAGUCGGGGUGGUCAGCAAACAGCAGUGGGAUGAGGCUCUCACCAAGGUCCUGGAUCUAUCCACGACCACCAUCGAGCGCAAUGCAGAGUUGGAAGCUAGGGCCACGGAGCUCGAGAUAGAGCUCGCGGUUUGGAAGCAGGCCCACUCGAACGUCCUAGACGCGAUGGAUCGGGACAAGAAAGCGCAUAACGCGCGAGUCGCCACUCUUAACAGGCAGAUAGCCUCACUGGGCAUGCUGAAGGACCCGCUCAUUCUCUGCGUUAUUGACGGAGACACGAACAUUUUCUCCCCGACGCUCCUCAGCCAGGGCCACCAGGGGGGCAGGCAGGCCGCGCAAGAGCUUACUAAGAACAUCGCCGAGUUCCUAUCCCAGGAAGAAGUCCAGGUUUUCGGACGGCUCUCUUUCUGGGUGUCAAUCUACUUCAACAAGCGCGGCCUUAUGAACAUGCUCCGGGACGAAGGCAUCUGCGGGCCUGAGCAACUCGAGGCAUUCAUGUCCGGGUUGAGCCAGGCGUCCCCUCGGUUCCUCUUGGUGGACGUCGGUCCGGGCAAGGAUGGGUCUGACGUAAAAAUCAGAGAGUACCUCCAGACGUACGUCGCCUUGCCGCAGACGAUGCGGCUAUUCUUCGGAAGUGGCUCCGAUGCCUAUUACAAGUCUGUGUUGCUCGACCUCGAGAAGGACGACCUGCUCGGGAAGGUCGUGCUCCUGCAGGGGAGCAAUGGCCUUCCAGAGGAGCUGCGGCAGCUCCCGGUGUCGAUCAUGCAGACCGACUCACUGUUCAUGGCCCAGCCUCCGGCCUACGUUCACAGGCGACCUGGGUCGAUUCCUCUAGUCGGACUGAACCAGAACAUAACGACUCAGGGAGGCCUCAUCAGCCCCCAGUCUGAGACGUACGGCACGGCUGCUUCUACCUCUGUUACGGCCGCUGUCAACACAAGGCCGGGAUCCGGUACGACUCAUGGGACGACUCAUGGGACAAAGCCAAUCGACUCGACGAAGCCCCUGCACAAACAAGUACCGCCGCCUUGCAACGAGCACUAUUUGAUGUCCUGCUCGAAAGGUUCUAACUGCAAGUACUCUCACGAUUGGUAUCUCACUCCUGAGCAACUCGAAACACUGUCCAAGAAUGCGAAGAAGGCUCCUUGCAACUACUUGAAGAAUGGCAUCGACUGCCCGCAUGGCGAUAGGUGCUGCUGGGGCCAUGUCUGCCCCAGUGGGGCGAGGUGCUUCCACCUGAGCAAGGGCAAGUGCUGGUUUAAAGGCGACGGCAUGCACCCCAUCAUGGGCCCCGCAGAGCUUGUCAUUUAGACUUCCGUCUCGAAAAUCCUGGAUGGCAUAUUGGAUAUACAACAAGCAAGGGUAACACGCUGUCGGAGUCAAGCUAUCGCUGUUAUGAUUGGUCUCGUAUAAUGCUCCUCGAUCUACUGGGUAUUCACUAUAUAUUCUUGCUUGCAAUAGGCUACUAGUACUAUGUCUGACAUAACAUAAAUAUUCUGCUUCUGCGCUAGAGAAACCGAUGUACCAUAUGGAUUGCCAUCAUUGAGAAGCACUUUGUGUGGACGCAUUCGCUACCUCCUACUUAUAAGUGGGC